UUACAGAAAGUAAAUGGACGAAGAUGGCAACCCUGGACAACACUGAAGAGUGAUCCACCUUACACAUCAAGUCUCAAAGCGCCAGACAGCAUGAAGAUCGCCGAGAGACCUCGAUUUGCUGCCCACAAGGAUAAGGCUGAGUUUGCUACUGGACUCAUAAUCGGAGCAGAGGAAGGGAAAUUGGCCUCUCAAAUGAGGAAAGAACGCUAUAGGCAGGAGCUGCUGGAACAAAUUGCUGAGCAGCAGAGAAACAAGAUGAGGGAGAAGGAACUUGAACUGAGGGUUGCUGCCACUGGAGCCACAGACCCCGAGAAGAAGCCCGACCGCAUUAAGCAACUUGGGGUUGCAAAUCGACAGCAUGAGGGCUGGAGACGGGAUGUCCCCGACAAGCUUGGAAUAGGUGUGGAUGGCUUGGGGAAUGAUCCAAAUCCAAGGCUGAAGGAUGACAAACCCCUGGUGGGCACAGAGGAGAACGUUCCCCCAGGGAAGUCCCAGGUGGCUUUGCCCUCUCUGCUCCAGGACGACAGUUCCCCUCUGGGCCAGCUGACAGGGAAGACCGUGCCAAGGUUAGGGAUGGGAGCAGCACCAGGGUUCCCCUCACCUUCAUUCAUUAUUGAGGACUACCACAGGAACCUCUCAAAUGCCCAAGGAGAGGUGGCUGCCCCAAGAUUUAAUGGCAUCCCGCUUCCAAUACUUGUAACAGAUACAUACAAGACCCCAUAUGAUUCAGCCUAUAACUACUAUGGAGCAAGAAAUCCAUUAGAUCCUACCCUGCACUUCUAUCAGAAUAGUCCAACUGGAGGAGGGCAGCAUCCUGGGAUCUUCCUCAACCUGCCUCACAUGGUGCCUCCUCCCAGAACUGAUGAGUGCACUGGAGCAACUGAUCAGCAUGGAGCAUCUCCCCUGGCUGUUUCAGUGUUUCCUAGAGAGAGGCCCAAGCAGACCCAAGAACAUAAAUCAAGUUACCAAGAGGCACUUAACCAACAGAUCAAAGAGAAUGAGGAGCAUAAAAGAAGAGCAAGAGAGGAGAGGGAGCGAUAUGAUGCCAAGAUCAAGGCCGAGAUGAUGGCAUACAACCCCUGGGGGAGAAGCGGGGGAGGCGCUCCAAUUAAAGACAAAGGCGGCAACCUCAUUAUUGACCUGAAACAAAUGCACAGGACCAAUGAGGAGAUGUACAUAAACCCUGAAAGCUUUGUGGCAAGGAAUCACCCUACAUGUGGAGUUGAAGACAGGGCUUUGUCCACCCAGCAAUUAUCAGGUUUCAUUGAUCAGCCCAUUCCACAGCAGCUACGACCACAAAACAGUCAUAUGGACUUCCUGAAACAACAGAUUGAAGAAAAAAGGCGAAAGGAGGCAGAGGAGAAGGAGCGUAUCAGAAUUGAAGAGGAGAAGGAAGAGAAGAGGCUUGCAGAGCAGAGGGCUCGAAUACAGCAGCAAUACGAGGAGGAACAGAAGAGAAACAAGGAAACGAUGGAGAAAAGGCUGGAGAAUCAAAGGCGACGUUAUGAGCAUCAGCAAGAGGAGGAAAGGAGGGUGAGGGAGGAAUGGGAGAGGGGGAAAAAGCUACUGGAGAACAGAAAGGAGAGGGAGGAGAGGCAGACACCGGUGAAUAAUGAGAGAGCUCUGUCUCCUCCCAUACCGACGUUGCAGAGGAGGUUGGGGAACCACCAGGUGCCAAGAUCUCCCAUGGCUGUAAAUGAGACCCCUUCUAGGACUGGGCCUAGAGCGCCAUCUCCUUCCGUCCCAACCUUACAGAAGAAGCUUGGAAAGCACCACGUGCCCAGACCUCCCAUUGUUGAGUGCUCUGUACAAGCACCAAACUCUCCACCUGUACCUGCCAGAAGAAACCAGCUCCAAGCCAAAGAGAAUCAACACCAAGUGAUGGGCAAGCUGUCAGCCCUCCUUAAGUAUCUGCAAAAUGAGCAGAGACAACUUGAGGGUCAGCUACGCCAGGCGGCUCAAGAGGAGAUGAAGACUCCUUCUCCCACUGGGUGCAGAAGACCCUCCAAAGUGUCUCCCUUUGAUGUGGUGCUGCAGCGCACGGCCCAGCGGUCAGCCAGGAGAGCUCAGUCUGGUGAUGGACAGGUCAACAUGCAGAACAUCAGGGAGUUCAACCAGCUCAAAUACAGGGACACAGCGUCCCGUUCAGAGGUUCUCCAUGUGUACCCCGAGCCCCCUACUGAUGCACAAAGUCUGGACAUCCAGCAGCAAGCUCUGCUUCGACAACAGCAACGCACAAUCAAGAACAUGCUUAGGCGGGAAGAGAAUGAUUUCCUGGACCAGCAACUGAGCCAUCAUCUUCCAAGGAACAAACCUGCCUACAAAAGCCAGAGAGAUUCUGAACUGGUGUCUGAGAGUGCCUUUGUUGAUUUGUACAGCAGAGAUGCAUCCAAAGGGCUGGGCAGUGAGAAGACGUCACCUCAGGCACCAGCAGAGGACGGAAAGAGCAGGACAGCCCUGCAGAGGACAAAUGACAAUGGUGACAUCUUCAUUCCUGCGGGUCAGAGAGGGCAUGACAUGCAGCCACACGCCCCGUCUGUGGAGUCAGGGACCAGUCUGAGUGUAGAGGCGAAGGCGAGGGCCCAGAGCCGCGACUGCAGCAGUAGACUGGACCAGCCUCAUGGUGACCAUAACUGCACAUCAGAGAGGCUGUCUGGUGAUGAAGUGGAUGUCUUCUCUCUGCACUCAACCCCCUGUGGCCGGGAGAGGUGCGUCUCUGCGGAGACAGUUGCCACGGAGCCCUGGCUGCGGCCUGGCACGUCUGACGCUGGAAAUCGCCAAGGCUGUAGAGAGAGGCCAAGCAGUGGGAUGGAUAAUGCGCUGUGGCUUACCCAAAGCCUGAAACUGCCUCCGUAACUGGUGGGAAAUUGCACUGAACAAGGCCAGCUCCUAGCAAAUCCUCCUUUUUCUUCCAAUAACUGUGUAGUGAAGGUACAUGCGGCUGCCUAUUAUCUCUCCUUUCUGCACUAUAUCAGCCCCAUAGUUCAUAACAAAUAUAUGGUUAUGUUUUUUUAUACAUGUAAUAUUUACAGGAAAGAUUAUUCUGCAAUUAAAAUUUAUAAUAUU